AUAUUUAAUGUUUACCAAAAUAAUAUCAAAACGUUUUUUUAACUCGAAAGCAAAAAAUACGCAACUAGAAACUUGUUUCUAGCAAUAUUAGUGUUAAAUAAGAAUUAAAAUCCUAUAAUAAUUGAAAAUGUUUUAUUCUGACAAUUGUUAUAAACAAUAUUUGAAAUCGCAAGGAGAAAAAACACAUUUGAAGAAGCUUUAUGAUACCAUUCGGCAAUUUUUCGUGUUUACUGACGACACCCUCCGAAAAUUUGAAACCAAUGUUGAUGAAAUUGUGCAUAAAGGAAAAAAUGGCGCAUUAAAAAAAUCCACAAUUGAUUUAACACCUUUAAGAAUUAAAUACUUUUUUGGUGAACGUUACACUUAUGGUUCCCAAAACGGAGAAAACGGAAUAGGAUCAGAAAGACUCUACCCAAAAAAUUCCGUAGAUCCAAUUCCGACUUGGAUCACAAAAGGUAUUAUAAACCCUUUGAUAGAAGCUAAAAUCCUACCAAAAGAUUUUGUAAACAGCGUCGUUAUCAAUGAUUACCAACCAGGGGGUUGUAUUGUAUCCCAUAUUGAUCCACCACACAUUUUUGAUAGACCAAUAGUAUCACUGAGCUUAUUCAGUGACAGCGCUCUUUGUUUUGGUUGCAAAUUUCAUUACAAGCCUUUGAGGUGUUCCCAACCACUGCUCAAACUGGAAAUGCCACGAGGGGUCGUUACUUCUUUAAGUGGAUUUGCAGCUAAUGAAAUAACGCAUUGUGUGAGACCAGAAGACAUUACUGGUAGGCGAGCUGUGAUAAUGUUGCGAAGAGUUCACGAUUGUGCUCCCAGACUGCCUCAAACUGCAGUAAUGAGUAUUACGAGAAAUAUUUCAUAUACUGAUUCCUUAGAGUUAACGACUGAAGAUUUUAUAAAAUUUCAUCAAACUCUAUUAAAAUGGCAAAACCAAGGCAGUGUUGUUGGGAAAAUUAGAAAAAGGUUUGCCAAAAAGAAGGAUGGUACCACACGUUAUUCGGCUAAUUGCUACAAAAUAGUCUAAAUAUUUGUAUUAUAUUUUAAAUAAUUUCGUAAAACUUUUUUGUUUAAUUUACUCAUAAAAUACGUUUGGUUUCAGUUAGUCAACUUAUCUUCAAUAAUGUAGAUAUUGACUUGAUUAAACAUUAUAUAUUU